CUUGUCACAUUUUCCACUGCCCAUGUCCCUUAGAACAUGGAGGAAAUUAUGGCAUUUCACCAUCUUAAACUUAAACACACUCUCUCUCUCUCUCUCUCUCUCUCAAACACCAUAAAGCCCCUCGUUUCACAACAAAACCCACUUCCUAGUCCUUCAGCCAACAAAACCCACUUCCUAGUCCUUCAGCCAACAAAACCAUGCUACACGCUAGUAAAUAAACAAGACCACCUCAAUCAUUGUGCUCCAUACACUUUACCCUUCUUGCAUGUCUUAAGGAGAAAGAAAGAUUCUCAUCCUUACAAAAAGCAACGAGUUCGGAAAAGAGGUAUUAUAAAGAGAUGGAGAUUGAGUCAGUGAAGUGCGAGUGUUGUGGCUUGAAGGAGGAUUGCACCCAAGACUACAUCACCCAAGUAAAGUCCAAGUUUGAUGGAAAAUGGUUAUGUGGGUUGUGCUCUGAAGCAGUGAGAGAUGAAGUGAGCUACGGAGAGAAAAAGGCAUCACCGGCUAUGGAUGAAGCUGUGAAGGCUCACAUGUCAUUCUGCCGCAAGUUCAAAUCAAACCCUGCGGUUAGAGUGGCUGAUGGGAUGAGACAGAUGCUGAGGAGAAGGUCUGGUGACUUGUCACAAUCCUCAUCUUCAUCAUCAAAGAAGUAUACAAGGUCAACCACCACUUCUCAAGUCGGAGAUUCUUCGAGUUUCCGUUUCUACUGACUCAUGCAGGGUGGGAACAGAGCAGAGGGAGAAGCAGAGGAUACUCUGCUUUUUGUUGGAAUAAAAGUUUAUAGGUUUAGCCUUAUGGGAUAAGUUCUUUCUUCUUGUCAUGUACAGGAAGCGUUAUUUCAUAUUAAGGGUCUUUUCUUCUGCUUUCUUUUUCUUUAUUUUCUCCAACUGAUCUCUAGUUUAUAGUUUGGUAUUCCUAAUCCUCUUUGUCAUCUCUUUGUUCACUUCAUUGGUAAAAUAGUAACCUAGUUUCAAGAAAAAUAAAAAAGAUUACCUCAAACUUUUAUCUCCUCCAAAACUUUGACUCGGUUCUGCGUAUAAAUGCACAAACCAAAAACCUGUUUUGAUGCUUCUGAUUAGGAUGAGAGGUAAAUUGGUGUUUUGGGUACCAGCAAACUUCUUUGAUUAAUUAUUAGCAUGAGUUUUUUAAGGACUUGAAAUUCUUACGAAAAAGUGGAAGGUUGGAUUUUUCUUAAGCCUUAUCUUCCACUCACAUUAGUUUUUGCAUUUCUAAUGGAUAUAUUUUGUGU